AUGAAGGGUCCCGUGAAGAAGGCUGAGAAUGCCAGGUUCAUGGCAGACCUCUUCAUCGCUGCUCUUCGAUCCGAAGACCCAAUGCUGAACCCCAUUGAAGGGUGCUGGAACUCCUUGAAGGCCAAGAUGCGGCAUUUCAUGAUGGAACGAAAGCACGAGUUUCUGGUGCGUGGAGAGUAUGACUCCUUUACGGCGCACAGGUUACAGCUGAUGAAAGACGCAGUGGAAGCGUGCAAGAAUGUUAUUACGCGCCGACUCAUCUGGCGCUACGAAAGGCACUGCCUGCGGCAUUGUUUCGCUGCCGAGAAGGGCUUCGACAUGGAGCUGGGCGCGUGA